GACAAACAACUCAACUUGGGCGUCAAAUUUAUCAUCAGCUUAACCGACUGCGUUGCAACCAACUUGAUUGCCAAACAGACGGCGAAGUCCCUUGUUUCCUAUGUCCCUAUCGUCUUCUCCAAUUGCCGGAUUCAAACUACCUUGUUUGUGGCGCCUAUCCAUGUCAGUGUGGAUCGAAUGGCAAAAGCUGUCUAUGAAGUGCUUUUGGAGGCCAACGCAGUUUAUGCAGGUCUAUUGUCCAACGGCCCUACUGUUUUCCCAAUAUUUCAACCGAAGCACUGUACUUCCACAUUUGGGAGUUAUUUGAUGUUGUUGUUUGCUUCUCAAGUCUACGCGUGUGAUUUGACACAAGUACCGGAGUCGAUUGUCCUGAUCUCCUACAUCCUAUUUCUGGCCGGUCGUGCAGCUUCGAUCAAGAGACAGGAAUACUGUACCGAAUGUUUGUCGGCACCGAACAACUACUAUUCCAGACAUUUGAAUAGAACUGUCUGGCUGCAGCGACGAAAUUUUCACUACUCGCUAUCUCGACACAUCUCCGAUUCCAAACUGGAUAGCGUCUUAUGGUUUUUUUCGGUCCAAACCUUCCACAAAUCAGCACAAGUUGAGUUUGUUCCAACUGUGAAAAUUCCCACGAAUAGAUCUGCCACUCUGACUGCUAUUGGAUCUUUCAUCUACCGAGCAAGUGGAGUCUCCGGAGUAUUCGCGAAUCAGUUUUACAGUUUUCAUGGAGCUCUACUGAGAGUUGGAGUGAUCAAGGAUGGACUGUUUGUGACCCAUGCCAUCAAAGGAGCGAAUUGUGAACUGACUAAUGUGUCCGGUUUGGGUGUUGAAAUACUUGAUGCCAUGGCAGCAAGGUUCAACUUCACGUAUGUACUCAUGGAGCCCUUCGACUCCCACUAUGGAGUUUCUAUGGACGGUGGCAACUGGACCGGUCUCAUUGGUGACUUGCUGAACAACCGAAUCGAUAUGGCGGUCGGCUUGCUCACACUGACGGAACAACGUGCCGCGGUCGUACAAUUUUUGGGACCUUUUAUGAAGACUCACGUAGUCACGGCCAUUGCACAACCGCUGGAUAACCUCAGAUUGUUUCAAAUGUACAAACCUUUCCGGUUUCAUGUUUGGUUCACGACCGGUGUGGUUAUGUUACUUUGGGCCCAGAUAACAGUUCUGUUCAACCGCUACAGCUCGGAUAGUGCAUGGAGUCGUUACGAUGGUGAAAUAGCAUCUCAAGAGGUGUCUUAUCUGGCCAACCUAUGGGCACAAAUCAAAGCAAUGGUAGGACAACCUGUAUGUGCUUUUGAUGUAUUCACGAAACUCAUCAAGGCCUCAAUUCUUUACGCCUUUCAGCUUUCACGAAACAACGAUGUCUACAAAAAGAUCUAUGAAAUGGCGAUGGAGGAUGGCAUUCGUGUGAAUGACACAUGUGAAGGACUCCAACUGGUUCACCGGUACAGACAUUACGCGUUUAUAAACGAUCGUUAUUUGCUGCAAACUGAAAUGCCCAUGUGUGGUGAUGAUUUUAUUGUUCUGGACGAAAAAAUUGACGAAUCACCGGCGAGUUUUGCUGUCCAAAAGCAUGCACCAUACGCAGAUAUCUUCACUCUCUAUUUUUGGGAUCUAUACCAGAGAGGAAUAAUCGAACACUGGAUUGAAAAAUGGUUACCAAAAACGGAAGAUCGAGUAACAAACGGAGCAGCGUAUCGUCCCCUGAACGUGGAA